CUGCUUCCCUGUCUUGUUUCCUGCAGGCUGUCUGAUCCCAGCUGAGCAGCAGCUUCCCUGUGGCCCCUCUAAGCUCUCUCCAGCGCUGUGCCGGGCUAGAGGCUGCUGCAUGAACCCCAAAACCCGCCGCUGCUUCUACCCUCUAGAGAUGUGCACGGCGGACGAGCAGUUUGUGUUUGCUGUUUACCGCAAGUCUUUCAAUCCUGAGGUCAACCCUGCCAGUCUGGCGCUCGCUGGGGACCAGUCCUGCCUCCCAGUUCUCUGCACUCCAGACUAUGCCAUCUUCAAAUUCCCAGUCACUGGCUGUGGGACCCGAACUUUUGUUGUGGGGGAGACUAGAGUGUACCUGGCUGAGGUGCAGAGCUUGAUCCAACGCAGACAGUGGACCUACGGGCUCAUAACCAGCGACGGUCCCUUUAGGCAAGUAUAUAGACGGAGCCCUGACCUUAUUGCAGGUAUACAUUGCUUUUAGAUGGAGCCUCUAGUA